AUGUCCGCCGAGAAGAAGCAGAAGGCCCACCAGGAGCUGAUCUCGGCCGCCAAGCUGAACCACGACACAGUCGUCGCCAAUAUCGUCAAGUACAGAAGCCCCGUCUUCGUCAAGGACAACAAACAGAUGAAGCUGAAAAACACGGCAGCCGAGAAGGACCAGUACGAGUACGUGCCCGGGUCGAUCGUUGACCAGCAGAUGCGAGACUACGAGUUCAUCCAGGCGCCGCUCAACGAGAAGACGGCACUCGAUCUGUGGAGGACCGUUUGGCAGGACCAGACGCGUCUGGUGUGCUCUGUAUCGCAGGAGAAUCUGAUCGGCGAGGAGGCGUCGAGCAAAUGCUGGCCAUAUUGGCCACGCAGCGAGGACAAGAGCAUCUCCUAUGAUAACGGCCGCUUCGUGGUGAAGUGCAAGAAGAAGGGCGGCGACCGGAAGAAGGGGUUCACCAUCUACGAGUUGACCGUCGUUGGACCGCCCGAUGAGGAUAAGAAAGGCGGCGAGGAGGGCGGUGGCGAUACGGAAGAGCGCCCGGUGACGCUGCUCCACUUCGAGAAAUGGCCGCCGGAGAAGUGGAUGGAUGGGGAGAAUGUGUACCAUCUCGUCAUGGAACUGCACAAUCGCACACAGCAGAUUUGUCGCAAAGUGACGGACGGCUACUUCCCGCCCAUCCUCCUCCAGGGCUACGAAGCGCUCGGCAGGACGGCGAUAAUCUGCCUGGGUAUGUGCUUGGCCCGUGAUUGUGAGACCAAGACAAAAUACGAUCCGCCCACCACGAUGCGCUCCAUUGCAAAGAUGCGCCCGGGUGCGUUCAGCAAUCGUCUCCACUGGACGUACGGAUGGGCCCUGUGCUACCGUGUCGCCUACCAUACCGGCUGGUCAAGUGGCCAAGUCGGCGGGCUGAACGAGUUCCAGCUGAAAUUCGGCAAGAUGUCCGCCGAGAAGAAGCAGAAGGCCCACCAGGAGCUGAUCUCGGCCGCCAAGCUGAACCACGACACAGUCGUCGCCAAUAUCGCCAAGUACAGAAGCCCCGUCUUCGUCAAGGACAACAAACAGAUGAAGCUGAAAAACACGGCGGCAGAGAAGGACCAGUACGAGUACGUGCCCGGGUCGAUCGUCGACCAGCAGAUGCGAGACUACGAGUUCAUCCAGGCGCCGCUCAACGAGAAGACGGCACUCGAUCUGUGGAGGACCGUUUGGCAGAACGGCCGCUUCGUGGUGAAGUGCAAGAAGAAGGGCGGCGACCGGAAGAAGGGGUUCACCAUCUACGAGUUGACCGUCGUCGGACCACCCGAUGAGGACAAGAAAGGCGGCGAGGAAGGCGGUGGCGAUACGGAAGAGCGCCCGGUGACGCUGCUCCACUUCGAGAAGUGGCCGCCGGAGAAGUGGAUGGAUGGGGAAAAUGUGUUCCAUCUCGUCAUGGAACUGCACAAUCGCACACAACAGGACUGGAAAAACACAGCGGAGGAGAUGCGAAAGGGCCUGGAUGCGGCGAAGCUGAUCCCCGUCGAGCCACGAUUC